AUGCCAAAGACCUACACUUGCUCUAUCUGCAACCAAGCUUUUCCCAAGUUCGCCGACUGCAAGAUACACGAGGCCCUGCAUUCACCAGAAAAAGCGUACUUCUGCACCUGGGGCGGCGGGUGCAACUUUGUGACAUUGCAUAAAACAAGCUUCAAUGAUCAUACUGAUGGGCAUAUGGGCGAGCAACGCUUCAUCUGUCCUCACGAUGGCUGUGACUACAGAGCUCACACCUCUUCAAACCUCACGUACCAUCGCAAGAAAGAACAUGGGUAUGUCCCUCGGUCGUGCAAUCGUCGUGACCCGGCCCAGUCGUCGUCCCAGGCUCCGCCUGCGGCAGAGCCCCUUCCCCUUGGUACAUUCUACCCAUACCCAUACCAACUCCAACGCAUGCAGCCGCAACCGCAACCGCAACCGCAACCGCAGGCCAUGCAAUCCUAUCCCACCCAAUACCAACCCAUGCAACCGCAGGCCAUGCAAUCCUAUCCCACCCAAUACCAACCCCAAUCCACUCAAUACCAGCCUCCCCCACCUAUACAUAACCAGUCGCUGGGAGUCUUAUACGGCUCACCAGAUACCGCAGUCGACUAUACCAUGUAUCCCGGACCCGCGAUGGCCGCAAAUGGGUGGACUGAGGGAUGCAUGGUUCCUGAGAUGAUGCAGAGACGCCCUUCGGACAUGCCAGGGUAUGAGUAUAGGCGUGCUUAGUUCUACAUCAUCUCAAGAAUUAAGCGUCAUUUUGUGUCGCUUUUUUCUUUCUUUCUUCCUUUCUUGGUGAUAGUUGUUCUUUGGUUUUCCGCUUGUUUGUGCGCCAUGAUGGACUCUGGGCACCCUUCCACUCGUUUAUAUAUUUCAUUUAU